AUGAUCAUUUUACUACUGGCAGGACUAGUUUUAGCUGUCUACUAUUUGGGCACUCGUAAUUAUGACUACUGGGCCAAGAAAAAAGUUAAGCACGACCCUCCAGUGUUUCUUUUCGGGAACAACUACAAAGGCUUUUUUGGUCGGCAAAGUUUCGCAGAGAUAGCCAGCGACCUUUACAACCGCUACCCAAAUGAUAAAGUAGUCGGCUUCUACAGAGGCUCCGUUCCAGAGCUAUACAUACGUGAUCCAGAUAUCAUCAGGGACAUACUGAUCAAUGAUUUCGCUUAUUUCCAUAAAAGAGGACAAGGAAGAAACCCAAAGUUAGAGCCGCUGUUAACGAACUUAUUCCACGCGGAAGGAGAUCUGUGGAAGCUUCAGCGCCAGAGGAUAACGCCCGCGUUCACGACUGCUAAGCUGAAGGCGAUGUUUCCGCUGGUGGUGCGAUGUGCCGAGCGGCUGCAGGACGUGGCGCGCGACACCGCGACCCGGUCCGACGCAUGCGACGUCCACGAACUCAUGGCGCGGUUCACCACAGAAUUCAUCGGAGCAUGUGGCUUUGGCGUCAGUACUGACUCCCUUGGCAAUGAAGACUCCGCUUUCAGGAACAUCGGCAGGAUGAUAUUCCAUAUCCCGCUCCCGAUCAUGAUCAAACACAUGUUAUGGGAACUUUUUCCACCGGUAAGGUCGUUCCUCUAUGUUGACAAUCCGAAAAUUCGAGAUGCCAUGUACAGUUUAUUGAAAUCCAUAAGAGAAGAUAGACAAUGUAAACCUUCUGGUCGAAAUGAUUUCGUAGAUUUUCUUCUCGAAUUGGAAAAUAAGGGAAAGAUCGUGGGAGAAUCAAUUGAACACCGGAACGCUGACGGGUCUCCAGUAAUUGUGGACAUGGACAUGGAUAUGAAAAUGAUGAUUGCCCAAUUGUAUGUAUUCUUUGCUGCAGGUUUUGAAACUUCGUCGUCUGCUACAAGUUUUUUAUUACAUCAAUUGGCAUUCAAUCCUGAAUUACAAACCAAGAUCCAAUCAGAGAUCGAUGAAGUGAUGCAAAAAUACGACAAUAAGUUGUGUUACGAUGCUGUAGCAGAGAUGACAUUGCUUGGUAUGGCUUUUAAAGAGGGAAUAAGGAUGUUUCCACCGCUGGGCGUACUGAACCGUGUCUGCGCGCGGACGUAUACAUUCCCUCGACUAGGUCUAACCAUUGAUCCUGGAGUAAAGAUUGUGAUCCCGGUGGAUGCGCUGCAGAAUGAUGAGAAGCAUUUCGACAACCCGCGGGAGUUCCGGCCGCAGCGAUUCACUGCGGAAGAAGUUCAGAAGCGACACAAAUACGUGUAUUUACCUUUUGGAGACGGACCCAGAGCGUGUAUAGGAUUACGUCUAGGCGAGAUGCAGUCGCUCGCGGGGCUGGCAGCAGUCUUGCAGCAGUGCAGCGUGUCGCCGGCGGCCGAGACCUGGCGUGUGCCGCUGCUCAAUUCCCGCUCGAACGUUGUUCAGGCCGUCCGGGGGGGAUUGCCACUCAAGCUCACCAACAGACGAUAAAGAAUUGAUAUAAGAC